AUGAAGAGGCUUGCUUGGUGUCUUCGCAUUUUGGUGGUGGUGGUGGUGGUGGUGGUGCUCCUGUUUGAGCGCACCGCCGCUCUUUCUCUUGGUGCCGUCGCUGGAGAUCCCGCCGUUGCUAAUCUGGGAGGUGACGUCUCUAGCGACGACAAAGCCUCUUAUGGGAGUCCGCCUUAUAGUUAUGGCUCUCCUCCGCCUCCUCAAUAUGGUUCUCCCCCGCCGUACGGACAGUCGCCGCCGCCAGUGUUUCACCCUCCACCCUAUGGGGGGUCCCCACCCCCUCAGCCGAGUCCCCCGCCUUCCUAUGGGAACCCUCCACCGCCGUCUCAGAGACAGCCUCCGCCGCCCUCGCUCAGAUACCCUCCACCACCGUCUCGAGUGAAACCGCCCUCCCGAAGGUAUCCUCCUCCCUCCCACGAACAUCCUCCUCCGCACUCCUAUGGAUAUCCGCCUCCACCUCCAUCCCAUGGGAGGCCACCUUCCAGAAGGCAUCCUCCGCCACCCUCCCCAAGACACCGGCCUCCACCACCAUCCUAUGGGCAGCCGCCGCCACCCUCCCGGACACCCUACCCCAGACACCCUCCAUCAUCUCACCGGCAUCCACCACCAGCUCGCCAUUACCCUCCGCCUUCUCCAAGACAUCCACCGCCAUACUCUCCACCGUACAGGCAGCCUCCGCCACAGCAACCUCCUCCAUCCUACCAACCUCCACCAUCUCCUCCAUCCUACCAACCCCCACCUCCAACCUACCAACCACCGCCAUCUCCUCCAUCCUAUCAACCGCCACCUCCUCCAUCCUAUCAACCGCCACCUCCAUCCUAUCGGCCCCCACCUCCUACCUACCAACCUCCGCCAUCUCCUCCAUCCUAUCAGCCUCCACCAUACUCUUCAUCGCCACCUUCGUACUCCAACCCGCCUCCGUCCUACUACACCCCACCGCCGCCGUAUGCAGAGACACGUCUUUACCACAGGCCGGGUGUUGGGUUAGCUUAAAGCUCGCUUAGAAUUCCGCACACCCGCAUGCAUCCACAAUGCUAUGUGGAGACAAUAAAAAUGUUAAGUGUAGUCUGGUGUAGUCGAGUCCCGCUCGCUGUCCAUGAAACGAAAUAACAAGUGUAACGAUGAGUACUUUGUGCAAUGUAACGUACGUCGUUCUCA